AUGAUAUCCGAGGAUAAAGCAGCUUGCCUCAUGUAUCAUCGCAUUCCUUUCAAAGAUAAGAGCAAAGGCUAUCUCCUGUGUAGAGUUACUAAUUCGAGAGUCGGCCAUCACUUAAUCGGCGCGUGCGCUCCAGCGAAAUCCGCAACGAAAGAUAUGCACACCGCGUCAACUGCUCAAGAAACAAUCGUGAUUACACCAUCGGCAAAGAGAUUAGCUUUCACACGAUGGAAUGUUCCUCCCAUACCCACAAAUCCACCAGAGGAUGCUUCUUCAUCGAGGGAGACGUCUCCAUCGGUCGAUGGGGCAUCAAGCACCUCUUCUCACGACGAACCGGACCCUCUUACAUUCGCUAUGCGUAACCUAACAUUGUCGCAACCUGAAAAGCCAGAAUUAGCCAAGCGGGUUGCCUUCGUCAUAGAUCGAUUUAGUACGGAAGUGCCUAUCAUCUACAGUACGAACGACGACAUCAUUCCGAUGUCACUCGUCACUGGUAGAUCGUUUUACGACUUUGUAGCUGCCGGAGAUGAAAAACGGAUACGCGCAGCGGUGGAUCAGGUGAAGACAUGGGGAGUUAACGAGGAAGGAUCUCCGAGUGACGGUGGUUGGGCUUUCAAUCGAUUUCAUAUGCAUCUGAAAGGCCGAGAUAGGCGACCUCCGGAUUCCACAGCAAAACAUCCUCACGGUAAAGGAGCACAACACCCUGAUCUACUUUCGGCUCGCAGGACUUUUCGACAGCGUCCAUCGUCGGAACGGGGUGUCAACGCACCACAGAAGGAGAUUAAGAUGGUUGACUGCAUUUUCUCGCCUCAGUCCGACGGCAUCAUCGUCAUUAUUCGAGAAACACUUCCGCCAAAUUGGUCGCGAAGUAAUCAAUGA